UAACGGAGGACUGGGGCUUGGUCUUGAAGUUUUCAGAUGCAUCUGUAGAUGAAUCAUAACAGCAUCAAGAUGUCGGGACGAUCAGGCCGUGCUGAGACCCGAAGUCGUGCUAAAGAUGAUAUUAAAAAGGUCCUGGCUGCCAUCGAGAAAGUGCGGAAAUGGGAGAAGAAAUGGGUGACAGUUGGAGACACAUCGUUACGCAUCUUUAAGUGGGUGCCAAUUACAGAAACAAAGCAGAUAUAUCGCACCAAAUCCACAGGUGGGGAUGCGAGAGGACUGAAAGAUGUGGUCCUAGAAAACACCAACUCUCUACUGGACUUCACUGAUGAAAACAGCAACCAGAGCUUUUUGUCAGAUGUUUACCAGCCUAAAAUGGAUAACAGCAGCAGCACAUCGAGCUCACAGCAGGUCAGCCCUCCGCACACCUCCAGCCUCCGGACUGAAGACUCCCAGCCACCGAUGCUAGGCCAGGAGAGUGUGGAUGAACCAGUUCACUCAGGACAGGAGGGAGCUGAUGAGCCUCCUACUCUCAUCAAGGAAGACCUCCUUUCAUCAGGAACUGCCAGGCGAAGAAGCCCAGACACACAGCAGGAGGAGUUGGAUGAAUCUGGAGCACCUCCUUUAAAGAAGAUUUGCACAGGGGAAAAUGCUGUUCUGAGAUAGCUUAUUUAUAAUAAUUUUGAUAAAAUGCACACGAUACCUGUCCCUAUUCAGAUUAGAUAGUAUUUCAGAGUUAUUCUAGUGUUUUAUUGACAUGUAAACACAAUUUGACACUUCAGCCAGUUACAAAAAUAAAUAUUUACUUCUUUAUUUUGGUUCAAUUUAAAAGCUCUUUAAAGUCUUGCUGUACUCAGUGAUUGCUGGAAUUAUUGAGGUGUUUUCCAAACUGUGGCAAGGCCCUGGUGUUUGACAGUUUGAAUUGAGAUGAAUCUGCUGUAAAUGUCUAGUUUUCUGGCAACUAACUUCUUCUGAUUUACUCUGUAUGUUGUGUAAUUUUACUUUUGCAUGGUACCUUAUUCUAUUGCUUUUAUCUGUAGCUUUACAGGGCCAUUUGAAUAAAAGAUAUCAAUUGUGCAGCUUCAUGCAGAUAAAUGUUUAGGUGUGCGAUUUGGCUUUUUCAUACAACACCCUUCCUAGAACAAAUGUUCUCUUUGUUCAUCUCAUCCAAUAAUAAAUGCUUUUUUGAUAUUUAUAAUAUAAA